CAAGUCUCAAACACAUAAGCCUAGCAACUCACUGUACAGUCUCCGUAAACUCAAGUGACCACCGGCGUUAUUCAGGCCUAUCCUUUUCCAUAGAGAGCGGAGCUGAGAGGCUGCAGCCAUGUCUGAUAAAGGCUGCGACGUCGAUUUAACAAGAGCCAAACAAAACACCGGCGUUUGGCUGGUGAAGAUUCCUAAGUAUCUGGCACAACAGUGGGGAAAAGCAUCUGGACGAGGAGAAGUUGGCAAACUUAAAAUAGCUAAACAACAAGGAAAAACACUGGUGUCAUUCAAUCUGAAUGAAGAUCUGAGUGUGGUUGAACAUUCGGAGGAGAAGACCACGUCAGUGCGAGCACCCAGAGAGCAUCCGUUCACCAUGCAGACUGUGGGGGGCCAAAACCUGGCUGUCUUUACAGAGAGCUCUUCAGACCAGAUUACACUUGAAGGCAUGGUGGUACAACGUGCUGAAUGCAGACCUGCAGUCAGUGAGAGCUACAUGAAGUUAAAGAAACUGCAGAUCAAGGAAUCAAUGAAGCCGCUCCGGCUGUCUCAGCAACUGGAGAAAGCAGUUACCAACAAUUACAAACCUGUGUCUAAUCACACCUAUAAUGUGGAAUAUGAGAAGAAAAAGAAAGAGGAAGGCAAGAGAGCGAGGGCUGACAAGCAGAAAGUUCUGGAAAUGCUCUUCUCUGCUUUCGAGAAACACCAGUAUUACAACAUUAAGGACUUGGUGGAGAUCACUAAGCAACCUGUGAUUUACCUGAAAGAAAUCCUGCGUGAGAUUGGAGUUUACAAUCCCAGAGGACCUCACAAAAGCACCUGGGAGCUGAAAGCAGAAUAUCGCCACUACCAGGAAGGAGAAAAUGAAGAAGAAAAGAUGGUUUAACAUUUACCAUGACAUAGCUGCAUUUAUACAGCUAAUAAUGAGAUCAUUUAUUUUAUUUCAUUUUUCCAGUUCAUUUUGUUUGGGCAACAGAUGCCAUUAGAGAAUUUGUUGUGUGUGUGAAAUGGGAUGG